AUGGUGAAAGUGAAACCAUACAAGUGGAAAGUCUUAUCAAAUGCUCACUUCAAAAGACUGUAUUAUAAAGAAGACUCUACUAAGCGUCAUGAUGAGUUACAAGCUGCUCAAUUAGAGGAAAUUGCACAUUUGCUAGAAAUUGAUGAGAUUGUAACUAGUAAAGGUAUAAAUCAAAUUGGUACUUUGAAACGAGCUGGAGAUACUCGUUGGGGAUCACAUUUCUCUUCUAUUUGUAGCUUGAUAAAUAUGUAUGAGACAACUUGUAUUGUUUUAAAAAAAAUUACAAAUGAAAGAGCAAGUUAUUCUACACGUGGAGAUGCUGAUAAUGCUUAUAAUUAUUUGAAGGCGUUUGAUUUUAUAUUUAUCUUGCAUUUGAUGAAAACAAUUAUGAGGAUAACUGAUAUACUUUGUCAAGCCUUACAACAACAAUCUCAAGAUAUAGUUAAUGCCAUGUGUUUGGUUGGAACAACAAAGUAUCUUAUUCAAAACUUUUGUGAAAAACAUGAUAUUGAAAUUCCUGAUCUCAACGAUGUUCAUUCAACAACAAGAUUUGGACGAUCUCGUCUUCAACAAGGUCAGGUUACAAUAGAGCAUUAUUUUAGAGUUGAAAUAUUUUGUACUACCAUUGAUCAACAAUUACAAGAGUUGAAUAACAGAUUUCGUGAGCAAGCAAUGGAUUUGUUAACUCUAAGUUGUGCUUUGACUCCUAAGGAUAAUUAUAAAGCUUUUAAAAUUGAAAAAAUUUGCACUCUAGUUGAAAAGUAUUACCCUGUGGAUUUCAACAUGCAAGAGAAGAUUAAUUUGAAAUUUCAACUCCAACAUUUCUUAGUUGAUGCUCGUCAAGAUUUAAAUUUGAAGAAUUUAUCAACUAUCCAAGAAUUGUGCUCAUGUUUGGUUGCAACUGAAAAGACGCAAAAUUUCUACUUGAUAGAUAGACUACUUCGUCUUAUCAUGACUCUUCCGGUUUCUACUGCCACAACCGAAAGAUCUUUUUCAGCAAUGAAAAUUAUUAAAUCAAGGUUAAGAAACAAGAUGAAAGCUGACUUUUUGGCAGAUAGCAUGACAAUUUAUAUUGAAAGGGAAAUUGUUGCAAGUAUCACUUCUGAGACUAUUAUUGAUGAUUUCAAAUUAAUUAAAGAGCGUAGAGCAUUACUUUAA